CCUGAAAACGCGAUUACUUCUCUGGCAAAAUUUACUAUACCUUACAUGACCACAUGCGAACUGGCUGAAAAACUUGGAAAUACCGCUUACAAUACCAUCACUAACAAAUCAACCAACAAAAUUGUAUUUUCAAAGAGAGAUGAUCACAAUACGCGUUACAUUUGAACACCUCUUAGCAAUGUUCAAAUUUCCUACAUCAUGUUGAAAAAAACUCAAAAACUUCAUGCAUAAAUCAUCAAUCGAGUGGAUUAUAAAUACAUUAUAAUACGCAGUGGGUGGAAAAAUCAAUAUGAAAAGCCAGUUUAAACAGCGGAAGAUAAUACACUCGUCCUGGUUAAGUUAGUACAGUAUAUUUAGCUAUAUGAAAUAAACGGUACGAGAAUAUUUAUCAUCAUGAAAAUUUUUUGGAACAUUCAAAUGAGUACAACGACUUGUGGAUGACGAGAGUGUAGAACAGUGUUUGAAGACGUGCUGUUGUUAUCAACUGCUGUUACCCAUUAUCAAGGCAUUCACAGAUAAAACGACAGUUAAGACUCAACCAGGAGUAAUAAAAAAAAUUGGUUCGUUUGAUUGUCAAACGUAACUAUUUUGUUAUGAAUGAAGAUGGGGCGGCUACGAAUUUAUCAGCUAAUGUGGAAUGGAGUCAUUCUGUUGGGGAUAUUGAGCCAGGGAGAGGGGACUCACAUCACUGGUACUUUCAAUACUAAGGAGUUUUUCAGGUUUUUAAUGAAAUUUGGAUUUCAACAAACUGAUCGCCAUCGACAGAGAGACUCUUAUGGAUAUAUUUUUGGCAAUGUCACCGCAAGGAAAAUCUCUUCGAGAAUGAUCACACUUGCUGUGUUGGAUAGAAAUCAUUUCUUGGGUUAUUAUGGGAACAGAACUAUUGAGGAUAGGAAUCUUGCUUGUACCAUGAUGUUCCAUACGCUUAAUGAGAGCUCUUAUGAUUCGGAGUGUAAUCAAGAUGGACAGGAUUUUUUAAGGCGAAUACCAUGUCCAAAAAAUAAACUCUGUCCAGAUGAGGAUCUUCCUUGGAAUGUGAUGAAAAAUCACCAAUUCACUUAUGUGGUUCAAGAUCUUCUGCAACCAAGAUUUUGGUACAUGAGUUUUGUCUCCUGCUAUCGUAACACAAAAACUUGCCAGUGGGAAUGGUUCAACGAGAACCUGGACAUUGAUUAUGAUAUUUGGCUAGUCAAUGGGAAUCCAAAUAACAGUGGAUUCAAUAGUUUAACGUAUCAGUUCUCGUACGAUCGUCAGAACACAGUCGAACUAUAUUUAUUAUUUUUCCUGUGUUAUAUUAUACUUGUGCCACUACAGUUGUAUGCAGUAAGACUACAGAGACAUCCAGUUACCAGACUAUUCACUGCUAGUUUAUUGCUAGAGUUUAUAGCUAUUUGUUUAAUUCUUAUACACUUUUUAAAAUUCGCACUUGAUGGAGUUGGAUAUGAACAGCUAGAGGUUGCUGGUGAUAUUUUUGAUAUAUUGUCACGAACAACGUUUAUGUUACUUCUUCUCCUAUUAGCUAAAGGCUGGGCUGUUACGAGGAUUGAAUUAACUUGGAAACCACUUGUCUUUCUUAUAUGGUUCUGCUAUGGUGUUGUACAUAUUUUACUCUACGUAUGGAAUAUGACUGAGGUGGAUAUCGUCGAGGACAUAGACGAGUACCAAACUUGGCCAGGGUGGUUCAUUCUCCUAUUUCGCAGUGUCAUCAUGAUCUGGUUUUUGUUUGAGCUGCGUAACACAAUGACCUAUGAACAUAACACCCAGAAAUUAAAUUUUUUACUUCACUUUGGUGCAUCUGCACUAGUGUGGUUCAUAUAUUUGCCCAUUAUUGCACUUAUUGCAUUGCAAAUUAGUGCCCUGUGGAGGUUUAAACUUCUGCUUGGAAUUACUUAUUCUGCUGAUUGUUACGCUUAUUGCGUAAUGGCCCAUUUACUUUGGCCAACACGAAGUGAACAGUAUUUUUUAUUAGCACAAGGUGCUGAUAAUGGUGAUGAACUCGAUGAGUUCAACGAGGCACCACACGUAUUAAAUAAUUAUGUGGAACCAGAACUCAAUAAGAUAAUAGCUUAAUUGGAGAUUAAUCAGAGAAUAAUUCAAUAAGAGUGGAGAUACCAAUUUUACUAUCCGUAGCUUUAACAAUCAUGCAGGAAGAACGUUGAAAUUCAGAACUAGGGAUGUAAUGGACAAAGCUGACCGGUUAAUUUACCGUCAUUUUAUAUAAAAAUUACACAUUACUGACUGAAGGCCAAUAACUGACCAUUUGUGAUCAGAGAAAAAGCGACUGAAUUCCGUCUUACAAAAAUUACAAGAAAAACUUUGACAGCCACUUUUACAUCUAGAUAGAACCUGUCGAUUUUUUCCCCCUAAUUAGUUCAGCAUUCACGACAUUCAUCAUGUUACCGUGUUACUUCGAGAUUCGACCCCCAGAACUUUUCAAAUUUUAGUAAGAGAUAGCCUACUUUGGGCACCAUAUGUUUGAAAGAGUUCUCUAAUUAGUUCUUAAAAGAGAAGAUUUCCGAAAUUAUUUAUUAAAUGAAAAAUUUUACACAACUAUUUUACUAUAAUUGAAUUUUAUAGAUUCUAUGAUAAUAAUAAAUAAAAAAGCUCUCCAAAACUUUUCUGAUUUUUUAGCAAUCACAUACUAAGGUAAUAUUCACUAUAUUUUCGAUUUCCGUUUCGGUUUUAUUCAAAAUUUUAUUCUAGUUUCUGAAAAAAUUAAUGAAAAAACAGAAAAAAAAUUACCGAGCACAAAAAUGACGAUCAGGUUACAUCUAGAUAGACGUUUUUUCAGCAUAAAUAACAACGAGAAAAAGUUACUGACAAUUGAGUAAGUUAACCGGUCACGAAUGUCAUGUUCCGUCAUUUUGCAUCCCUGUUCCUAAUAAUACAUUUCGACACUAAGCCGUGAGGAACUUUUCUAGAUUAUAUCAUUACAGAACUCGCCUGCGGCUCGUCCUGUAACCUCAUAUUCGCCAGAAAAGUUCUCCACGGCCAUGUGUCGAACCUUAUUUUUUGUCAUCACGUAUGAAAAAAUGCUAUAGGAUUUCCUAUAGGAAAUCCUAUGGAGAAUUCGAACAUUUCC